AUGAGGGUGCUAUUCCUUUUUGCCAUUGUCGCGCUGGCUUCAGCAGCACCACAGCAGCCUGAGAAAGUCAUUGCGAUUCUUAAGCAAGAUUUUGAUCAGCAGCCUGAUGGGUCCUAUGUUUACAGCUAUGAAACUGAGAACGGAAUAAAGGCAGAGGAGACUGGAACUCUGAAAAAAGCCUCCGGUCCAGACAGCAACGACGUUAUUGUGGCUCAGGGAGGGUUCAGCUACACCGCACCCGACGGGACCGUGAUAAAUCUCAACUACGUCGCCGACGACGAAAAUGGUUUCAAACCAGAGGGUGACCAUUUACCAACACCGCCUCCGAUUCCACCGGCAAUUCAGAAAGCGCUGGACUAUUUGGCUACUCUUCCACCACCACCACCAUCUAGGGCC